CUUGAAUAAGGGAUGGCGAGAAUGACGUCCACUACUCAUCCCACCGUGGGCGGUGCGCCGCCUAUGGCACCCUCCAAGUGUUUCGACAAGGAGGGGAUGGGCGGCGAGGAGGGUGCCCUUAUCGUACGCAAGACAGUCGAGCGGGACGCCCGCAGCGAGAGCGUUGAGUCCAAGGCGAGUGUGGACGACACGCUGCCCUACUUUUGUCUGCGUGACCUGAAGUAGGCGCGCCCGCCACACGAGACACGACCCCCCUUGACUCCCUGUGUGAUGGUUGUGUCUGCAGGCUUUUUGCCUCGUACUUGCUGGCUUGGGGAGUGCUGGUGUGUGUGUGCAAUGUGGUGGCUGGCCCGACCGCCAGCCGCAGCCCUCCCUCGGCCGACAGAGGGCUGUCCUCGGGGGCAUUGGCAAAGGUGUUCGGCCUCUCGUCCAUGAUACUUCUCAUCAUGGUCGCCAUGGAGCUCUUCCCAAUGAUUUUUACCGGCGUGACAGUGCGCCGGGACCCUUCGGACAAGCGGCUGCUGUUCGUUCGAGAGGCGACAGCGGUGCUGUUUUUUGUCAAGGUGGUGUGUGCGGCGAGUUACGGGAUCCUCACCUCGGGUCUGAUGCCGUCCCAGCUGGACCACCUGACAGGUCGGCCGGUGAUGAGCCUGCGGUCGAUGGAGUGGGCCUGCAGCUUCCCCCUGAUCCUGCGACUACACGGCCUGCACGCAUUCAAGACCACCAAUGAACGCAUCUACGCCGCCAUGAUGCUCGGGUUCUUCACACCUAUGUUGCUGCACUGGUGAGCCCACCUGACCUGAUGCUGGCUGGCUGGCUGGCUGGGGGACUGGCGGUGUCCAUCCAUCCAUCGUUGCCUCUGCCUUUCUUUCUUUCUUGUGUGUGGUAUGUGCCCCUAGGGGAUCUCUGGUGCCUCUUACAUGGCUGAGUUGGGCCAUGCAUGGCGCGGCGAUUGCGGGCGUCAUAGGAACCAUCUACACGACCUCCAAAGUCUCUCGUGGUGGCUGUGUUUCUGCGCCGUCCCCCCAGCAGCCUGAUGGAGAUGGAGGAGACUUGGUGGACACCAUCUGCCACUUCAUCCUGCUGUGGUCCAUCCCCGUCUCGCUAACGGCUCACACGACCAUCUUUUGUUUCGCACACAGCGGCCUGCUGUCGAUUACGCUUGAGCAAGUGGGGCUGGCGGCCGUCGAUGUGGCCAUCAAGGCGGUCGAAACGGUCGCACUGGCGUGCCUCCGCAACAGCGGCUCCAGCCUCAUUCUGGAGGAAGCCCAAAAGGGCUACGGCAACACCACCACAGCCGCCACACCACGACCACAACCGAUUAUCCAGGACACCGUCACCGCCCACACUCACACACACACGCGGCAUGUGGGCACUUUUCCGGCCAGUGCGGCUGAUGCCACCACAGGUGCCAAGGAGGGUGGGCACCUGCGGCAGCGGCAGCGGGGCCAGGCAUCAGCAGCCCAUGGUCAGGAGCAGCGGGUGGGCUCCUCCAUGUCGUCCUACCAUGGGCAGGGUCGGGUGCCCGUUCGCAGUGAGCAGCAGACGCGAGUGGACCUGCUGAAGUUGCAGCUGCAGAAAGAGCGGCUCGAACAUCAGGUCAGCCACUCACCGGGGGUGUAACUACCUGGCAACUGAUUCACUAUCUGUGUCUCGAUCGCUUUGGUGGAUGGUGCAUGCAGCUUGAGCUGUUGGAGUUGAGUCGUCGUCCAUCGGCCUCUGCUGCGACUGCCCCUGCCCUGAGCAAGAGCCGCCCCCCACAUCCCCCUACUGUGCUUCGCCGCAAGAAGAGCAACACCCUGGGGGAUGCCAGUGCUGCCCACCCAGGGCUGCCGCCCCGGCCACGGGCCACCAGAUCGUCCACCAGCCGGCUGCACGCCACACUGCCGCCGCGACAAGGCGACAAGCCGGACGGAGACUCGCAGCCGCCAGCUGGUGGGGUCGGGGGGGUGUCGGUGGGUGUGGCCAACACCAAGAGCUUCACUCUCGCCGACACCUCUAGCAGCGGGACGAACACGAGUUCGGGCGAGAUGGCUCGCAGCCAUGUGGGUGCCCGAUCUUCGCAUCGGCAGCGGUUGAUUGACCGCAAGAUGGGGCACUCCACCAAGGGGGGCGGGGGGGCCGACGACGGCACUCUGGACGUCAGACUAGCACUCGGCAAGGCCGCUGAGACUGCAUGUGAACAUUUUGUCAAGCGACGUAAGGAAUGCACGGUCGGGACGGGACGCAGACACAGAGGGAGACGGCAUGCGCAUGUGUGGGCGUCUUUGUACAUGUGGGUUCAGGUAAUGCCUGUUUGAAGAGUCUAAGCAACAAGACCCAUCGCGACCUGGUUAUCGAGUACCUGGUAAGCGGCUCGCCUCGCCUCGCCUCGCCGGGCUGCCUGCCUACCUGCCUGCCUGACAUCAACAGAUACCUGUAUAUUGUGUGCGUCUGUAGGUGUGCCAGAAGCGCGCGUCAUUUCUGGUUCGACGGCGUCGCUUGCGCCCACGCCUGACACCAACAAUUGCCGCUGCUCUGCGCAUGAUGUACCAGCAGCAGCAGCCACCACAUCAUGACCUCACGGGGCAGUUGGGGGAUGCAUCUGGCAGUCUUGUGAAGGGGUGUGUGGGGUGAAAUGAAUCAAUGAGCUGGGAUUUUUGCUUGCGGGGAGACACCGAUCACUCUAAUGCUGCUGUGCAUGUCUGUCUGUCUGUCUAUGUCUGUGUGUUGGGGGAAGUUAGGGAGGCCCUUGACUGACUGAGCUGACAAGGGGCAUCCCAUGCAUUCAGCUGG